GGGGAGGCUCCGACGUCUCCUUCCUUCCUGGUUCCUGCAGCAGCUGCUGCCACUGCUAGGCUCCGUGAGGAGGGAGCGGGCGACUCGGAGACGGUGACUCAGAGGCGGAGAGGCGCGCGCGGGCCAAGGAGCACUGGCGUCCAUGGACCCUGGGGGUCCCCUCAGGACAAGGUGACAUCCUUCUCCUUCCACCCUGCUCUACCUUCUCAGCAGGGAGUGGCUGCUCCCAUCUCCAUGGACUUCCAGGAGAGGGUCCCUAACUCCUUGGCCGAGAGCAUUCAGUCUGCAAAGCCCAGCAGUGCCUUGCAGGCCUCUGAGCUGUGGGAGGUAGAGGAGGAGCCUCGGGGCAGGCUGGGAGCAGAGGGUAUCAUGCCCGAGAGGCAGGAAGGCCACCUGCUCAAGAAAAGGAAGUGGCCUCUGAAGGGCUGGCACAAGAGAUACUUUGUGCUCGAGGAUGGAGUCCUUCACUAUGCAACGACGCGGCAAGAGAUCACCAAGGGGAAGCUUCAUGGCUCCAUUGACGUCCGACUGUCUGUUAUGUCCAUCAACAAAAAGGCCCAGCGCAUUGACCUUGACACUGAAGACAACAUCUACCACCUCAAGAUCAAAUCCCAGGACCUGUUCCAGAGCUGGGUGGCCCAGCUUCGUGCCCACCGCCUAGCCCAGCGCCUAGACAUGCCCCGAGGCUCGCUGCCCAGCACCACUCACCGGAAGGCUCCUGGUGCCCAGCUUCCAGCAGCAGGCAGUGCUUCGGCUCUCCCUGGGGUCGGACCUCGGGAGAAGGUGUCUUCCUGGCUGAGGGACAGUGAUGGGCUAGACCGCUGCUCUCAUGAGCUCUCUGAGUGUCAGGGGAAGCUCCAGGAACUACACAGACUCCUCCAGAGCCUGGAGUCCCUGCACCGGAUCCCCUCGGCCCCUGUUAUCCCCACGCACCAGGCCUCAGUGACAACUGAGAGACCCAAGAAGGGGAAACGGACCAGCCGCAUGUGGUGCACACAGAGUUUCGCCAAGGACGACACCAUCGGACGGGUUGGUCGUCUCCACGGCUCUGUUCCCAACCUGUCUCGCUACCUGGAGUCCCGGGACCCCUCAGGCCCCCGCGGGCUGCCACCUCCAGACUAUGCCCACCUGCAGCGUACUUUCUGGGCCCUGGCCCAGAAGGUGCACAAUUCCCUCAGCAGUGUCCUGGCUGCCCUCACUGCUGAAUGGGACCGACUGCGGGACCUGCACCAGGGUUCAGAGCUGUCGCGGAUGGGGGUCUCUGAGGCCUCAGCUGGCCCGAGGCGCCUCCACUCGCUCUCCGUCUCCUCGGACACCACUGCAGACUCCUUCAGCUCCCUCAACCCUGAGGAGCAAGAAGCCCUGUACAUGAAGGGGCGGGGGCUGACCCCCCAGCUGUCCCAGAGCAGCGUCCUGUCCCUUGCUGAUUCCCACACAGAGUUCUUUGAUGCCUGUGAGGUUCUCCUCUCUGCCAGCUCUUCUGAGAAUGAGGGCUCAGAGGAGGAGGAGUCGUGCACCAGUGAAAUCACCACCAGCCUGUCUGAGGAGGUGCUGGACCUCAGGGGAGCUGAGCGCUACCAGAAAGGGGCGUGUGUUCCAGGGAGAGCUGCGGGGCCACCCCGUCGCCGCUGCCUGCCAGCGGCCAGCGGGCCAGGGGCUGAUGUGAGCUUGUGGAACAUACUUCGGAACAACAUCGGCAAGGACCUGUCCAAGGUGUCCAUGCCUGUGCAGCUCAACGAGCCGCUCAACACUCUGCAGCGGCUCUGCGAGGAGCUGGAGUACAGCAGCCUCCUGGACCAGGCCAGCCGCGUGGCGGACCCCUGCGAGCGCAUGGUGUACAUCGCAGCCUUUGCGGUCUCUGCCUACUCGUCCACGUACCACCGAGCAGGCUGUAAGCCCUUCAACCCCGUCCUGGGGGAGACCUACGAGUGUGAGCGGCCUGACCGAGGCUUCCGCUUCAUCAGUGAGCAGGUCUCCCACCACCCCCCCAUCUCGGCAUGCCAUGCGGAGUCUGAGAACUUCAUCUUCUGGCAAGACAUGAAGUGGAAGAACAAGUUUUGGGGCAAAUCCCUGGAGAUUGUGCCUGUGGGGACCGUCAAUGUCAGCCUGCCCAGAGGCAGAACCAGGACCGCAGUGUUCCUUCCACAGACCCACAUGACGGGCAUCCUGGCUCAGGGUGGCAUUUGUUCCCGGGGCCAGCCAGCUGCCCUCCCCUGCUCUGUCUCUCUCAGAUUUGGGGACCACUUUGAGUGGAAUAAGGUGACGUCCUGCAUUCACAACAUUCUGAGUGGCCAGCGCUGGAUCGAGCACUAUGGGGAGGUGCUCAUCCGGAACACGCAGGACAGCUCCUGUCACUGCAAGAUCACCUUCUGCAAGGCCAAGUACUGGAGCUCCAACGUCCACGAGGUGCAGGGGGCCGUGUUCAGCCGGAGCGGCCGUGUCCUCCACCGACUCUCCGGGAAGUGGCACGAGGGGCUAUACCGGGGAUCCCUGCCCGGCGGUCAGUGCAUCUGGAAACCCAACUCCAUGCCCCCAGACCACGAGCGAAACUUCGGCUUCACUCAGUUUGCCUUGGAGCUGAAUGAGCUGACGGCAGAGCUGAAACGGUCCCUGCCUUCCACGGACACGCGGCUCCGGCCAGACCAGAGGUACUUGGAGGAGGGGAACAUACAGGCCGCUGAAGCCCAGAAGAGAAGGAUCGAGCAGCUUCAGCGGGACAGGCGCAGAGUGAUGGAGGAGAACAACAUCGUCCACCAGGCUCGCUUCUUCAGGCGGCAGACAGACAGCAGUGGGAAGGAGUGGUGGGUGACCAACAACACGUACUGGAGGCUGCGGGCCGAGCCGGGAUACGGGAACCUGGAUGGGGCCGUGCUCUGGUAGCCCUGGCCCUCAGGGGGGCAGGAGGCUCAGGUUCCUCCCUCCUGCCUCUACCUCCCACGGACACACGGGUGAGGCCAGGCUUCCCCACUCACCGCCCUGGAGACCAAGGGGGCAGCCCUGGCUUUGUCCCCUCUGCCGGCCGGAGGGGCUGCAUCCCGGCCCACCGCCCACCCCCUGUUUGGGGUGGGAAGCAGGAUUCGUGCUUCCCCAGUCUUGUUUUCCCAGACAACCAGCAUGUAAGACCCUUCUUGUUCUGUCAUUCCCCUUCUGUCCCCUUUGGGGUACUUGGGGGAGACUCCAGGCUCUCCAGGAUCUGUUCCCCAUUUAGUGCCUUCCUAGGACACAGGGGACCCCUUGAUGCUCCCCAGGCUUCCUAUGCCCAGGGCUCUGGCCCCGGCUGUGCGGUUGGAGUGAACGAAGGAGAAGAGAUGGCCUUUUCUCCCACCCCCUGUCCGUCCCAUCCCUCUCCAGCAUCUUCUCCCCCGUGCCCCGGCUCAGCGGGGCUCCCUUUGCUCGGUCCUUGGCAAGCUCUCCCAUCCUCCUGGAUCCCCGUCUCCCAAACUGCAAAACGCCUGCAGCUUCUGGCUCCUUCGGCCCUGGUCCUCAAGCGGAAGGGAACUUCAGUCACAGCUCGGCAGGUCCCCGCUGUGUGGACAAGACCCGUCCAAGAGGCGGGGAGCGAACUGAGCCGGCAGGGUGCCUGGCCUCAGACCCCCUGGGAGUGAGUGAGCACGCGUGAGAGUGUGAGUUUGUGUAGGAGUGUGUGCAUGUGUGCGUGUGCCCGUGUACUGCUUGCAGGCGAGCAGGGUUCCCAAUGUAGCCCGAUGGCCCCUGCUGGGGGCCCGCCACUGUUGCUCAUUUUCGCACAGUCUGCCUCUGAUUAAGGUGAAUCGCAGUGACAUUCCAAGCUCCAAUAAAGACAACCCCGAACUUGG